CUCCGCAUGUGGAAUCGCAUGUAACUUCGACAUCUGACUUGGUGAAGUAUUCCGACGAGGAAACGGAAACUGAGCGUGAUCUGACCGCUGAGGAAGGCACACAGGCUACCCCGCCCAAGAGGUCCCCUGUAAGAAACAAGAAGCAGCGUUGUACGCCAUGGUGGUUGCUCUUCGUAGUCGCGUGUGCGUUCUGCGUGCUGGGCAUCCUGAUUGUGACAACGGCCCUUAACCCCAUCUCUCCACCCGCAACAGCCUCAACUACGUGCGCAGUUACGCAAAUCUUCACUGGCUACGUAACAACGCAAAUGGGCGAAGAUGCAGGUCUUGCAACCACCACACAAGCCACUGUGACCCCGUCCGAAACGUCGUCGUCCACAGCGUCCUCGUCCGAAACGUCGUCGCCCGAAACGUCCUCGUCCGAAGCGUCCUCGUCCACAGCGUCCUCGUCCACAUCGUCCCCGUCCACAUCGUCCCCGUCCACAUCGUCCCCGUCCACGUCGUCCCCGUCCACGUCGUCCCUGUCAACUACCCUGGCAUCCUCUACAAGUACGGCUGGUAACACAAUAUUGUGCAGCGUGCUGAGGAACUCCGAGGGCUGGGUUCCAGCGCAGUGCGACAUCAUUUUCGUCGUUGUGCGAGUGACUGCCGCAGAGAUCAGAUAUGCUGGGCGCAACACCCGUGCAUUUGAGAAAUUGAGACUCAAAUUGAUGGCAUCGAAGGUCACAAAAUUGGGACUGGACUUCGAGUAUUCGAGUAUAACUCAGUCAUCUACACACUUGGCGCGACUGAAUGCCAUGGUUGCAAUGUCCAAGAUGGGAGCGAGGUUGACAGGCGUCUUGGCUGCGCAGGUUGACAAUGUUUGGGACGACACAGAUCGUGCCAUAGUGAGCGUGCUGAAGGUGAGUUUCGGUGUAAUCCACCGCCGUGCCUUGUCUACUGGAAUCUCCAUGCUAUUUCCGUUCAAAGGGCUUACCAAUAUACGCGAUGGUGUCCACGUGUCGUUUGUAUACUUGUCAUAUUAGAAGCGUUGGGAGAGCCACAACUGUCACUACGAAGGAGAGUAAUUAUUCUGAGACCGAAACACUUAAUGGGAUAAACACAAGACUCAAGAUGCCUAUAGUGCCGCAUGGAGACAUGCGCUACACACAAUGCGCGGUUUUGUCGGUUGUAUUAAUUCGUAGUAUGGAAUGGCAUGAAGACGUUACCUAUUAGAAUGUAAUGGACCUAUUAGAUUGUAGCGGUUUGAUGUUUCUAUGAGUGAUCUGUUCCGGGGUUUCAGAGCCAUUUUUGGCAUAAUAGGGCAUAUCUAUUCAUUCCUUUCUAACCGCAUUCAAUGUUUCCGUAAACCUAGCGCUUGUUCUUUUGGGGUUCUACAAGGCUGUCCUUGGCCCACUACUCUUUCAUUGCAAUAUAGUCUCUCACCACGUUCGUCUUUACGCAGAUGACUGAUGAUGAGAUUACGACGUACACUUACUUCGCACAGAGCUUGAUGCUCUUUCCGAAUGGUUCAUGCUUUUACGGUCAAAAUAUCCAUUGUUUCUAUGGGGACACUAUCCGCGUAGAGCGAUGGAGACCGCGGUUCGGAGUACUCGUAUAACGAUAUUGGACGCUAUCCCGUGCGCGUAACCUCAGAUACAGUAGAAUCUCGACGAUACGAAUCUCACGAGAUAGAAUUGAACCAAAACAAAAAUAAAAAUCAUUUUCCAAUACUGUUAGUGAAAGAAGUAGGUGGUGACGCUUUUGUCUCCGUAUUUAGCCAAUGCUAGAGGUGUGUGCCGCCGCCGCCGCCAAUGCAGAGGGAUCGGCGCGGCGCCGCCGCCGAUACCGCAAGAGCUGGCUGUGGCAAGAGCCCGUACAUGUUCUUUGUACUGGUUAAAUCCGAAAUAUAACUCUGCUUUUUCCGACAGUGGUCCAUUAAGAGCAUGCGGGCAAUAAUUUGUACAUAAAGGCUUCGAAACUUAGACUAUAGAACGACGGCAUCGGGCCGCAAUUUUAUAACCGCAUAACACUUACAGAAGCGGGACGGGGGCGGCGAAGGGUCACGCCGAUAGAAGCAGAUCGGCGUGAUGCCGCCGCCGCCGGCACAAAAACAGGGGAUACGCCGCCGCCGACAAAAUUGCCCUCGGCGCACACCUCUAGCCAAUACUGCUCAAAUUCGCGAGAUGAUUCAAAAGGCCUAGUAGGUGCUUUCCAGACUGUUCUAAAGCGAGCUUCUCCUACAGUACGCAGGCGCUAGGUGAAGCCGACUUGCGGAGUGGUGACUGUAGCGUUGCCAGAAGUUGUCCUGAAAUGUUUCCUGGUUCCCUCCACGAGUUCUGGUCGGUGUACCCCGUAUAACGAUGGCAUUCGCGAUAGGCGGAUAUCGUUAUACGCGGGUUUCACUGUAUUUGUGAUAGUGCCUAAAAAUGUUAUAACUGUGUACUAAAGCAGUCAUCAAUUCAUCAGCCUCAUAAAUUCCUCAGCCCUCCCCUAAGUAGAAAGUCAACUAGGUCAUUCCAUGAAUCAUUCAUACACAUCUGUGCAGUGGAAAAGCUUGCCGUUCCAAAUGUUGCCUGGUGCCCUAUCCUCGUCGAAACUAAUCGACAUCGAUUGCUUUACGUCGCAAGCUGUAGGGUGGGGCUGCCACGAAAUACUCCGUCCUUAGAUCCCGCCCAUUUCAAUGGAAAUUUAUACCUUCGCAGCCACUCGGCCCUAGUCUCGGACCGUGACCCUGCGUCAUUUUCACGUUAGUUUGAGCGGCGACGGGUUUCGUGAUGCGUCCGCAUGUGCAUUUCCAUUUAUUGUGUUGUAUACACGUUUUGUUUCUUUUGCGCGGAUCGCCGCCUCAUAUGCGUGAGAUUGGCGCGCUUUUCAAAGCGUCGUCAGAGGGGUCGUACAAAAACUCUAUCAAAGUUCACUGUUUGCUGAGUAAAACGCUCAUUUUCGGUGCUAUUACCACCCCCACAGCUCACGAGUAAAAGAAGCAUAAUGAAAUAUCGGCUUAUCAUUUCGCAUAUCGACCACACGAACACACAGAGAUAUAUUUAAAAAAGCUUAUAAAUAAAGCUCAAGAUUAAAAGCAUCACGCCUCGCACCACACUCACGGUACAUAUAAAUGGUAGCGAAGGCGAGAAAAAAUACCAAAUCUGUGUUAGCAACCCUGCCCCCUUCAUGAUACACAUGCGAGCGUGGUUGUUGAGGGGCAAACUACGAAGGUAAACAAAACUAAUUUGAUCGGAGGCGCAAAUAAUGUGUGUAUUAAUCCAAUAUGCAUAUUUUUAAUAUAGCAAUUCGCCCGGUCUGCCAGUGAUACGUAAGAUUAUAGACAGAGCCGAGUACGCUUCCGGUUCCUGUCCCUCAGCAUGUUGUUAGCUACGAGUUUGCCGUACGUUAACUGCGCACUUUGUGACUGUUGAUAGCCGUUUUCUUCUUCAUCGUCGUCUUUUCAAUUUCAAACCACCAAGUCGAACAGGGGACACUUCUCGGAGCACUAAGGCUCUACCGGGAGACGC